AUGAACAAGAGUGUCGCGGGGAAGCGCAAGAGGUCCACAAGCGACCCUGCACAACAACAACUGACACAACCCCCAACCUCCAACAACAACGAGACCGCCCUACCUCCGACAAAGUUGCCACGACAGACGUCCUACGCGCAAGCCAACCUCCUCUCCUUCUUCAGCAGGCCGCCCCCCAAGCAGCCCAAGGAAGAGGACAAGGGCCGGGCUCGACUCGAGAUCGGCUACGCCCAGGCCGAAGAAGAGCCCACGACGAACGAGAAGGAGAAGGUUGAAGAAGAAACACAAAAGCGACAAGAAGAGAGGGAAGAAGAAGAAGAAGAGGAGGAAGAAGAAGAGAUGAAGAAAGGAGGUCGUGUGGCCCAGCAGCUGCUGUGGAAGGGUGCGAGUAGUAGCAGCGCGGGCCGGACCUGCGGCGGACGGCCCGGACCCGAGGGCUGGCAGGAGGUGUGGGAUCGCAUCGUACGAUAUCGAGCAGAGCACAAGGUUCCCCUCCCUCCAUGA